AUUUUAUAAUAAAUAGACAAGUAUAAUUUCUAAUAUGAACAGUUAAAAUUGUUGUAAAAUAUAUGAACUUUAAUACUAUUUUUAGUUAAAAGUAAAUUAAACUUUUAAAAUAAAUUGACCGAAAAACAUUUAAAAUAAAUUUGUAUUAUUUGUUUUUCACUCGCUCGCCCGCCCGUAGGGCGGGUUUACCCUAGUAAACUAUAAAUUUAAAGACUAAAGACAUAACUUACUCUUGUUUAUAAGAUCAAAGCUAAGAGGUUUUUGUUGUUAUGAAAGUAAUGACUUAUGAGAAGUUUCUAAUUAAAAAACGUGCUUUAUGAUGUGACUCUUAUGUAGUGGAAGCAAUCGGUCGACCCUACUUGAGACCUUAUUUGGAUUCAGUUAGCACACAAAGCUACCUGAGAGGCUGCAAUUUUGCUGCUGGUGGAUCAACGAUUCAGAAGGCAAAUGCUGCAUCAUUUAGCCCUUUUAGUUUUGCUGUUCAAGUCUCUCAAUUCGUCACCUUCAAAUUUAAAGUUCUUCAAUUAAUACAACAAGGUAACUAUAAUAAUAAUCCUCAACAUUAUAUAAACUUGUCUGGUUCAUAUAGACAUAUGUUUAUUCAGCUGUACCAACAUAUUUUUUUUUCAGAUAAAACUCUCGAAAACUUACCGUCGGAAGAUCAUUUCAAAAAUGGAUUGUACAUGUUUGAUAUCGGACAAAAUGAUAUAGCCGGUGCAAUUUACGGCAAGACAGUAGAUCAAGCUGCUGCUGUCAUUCCUACAAUCAUAAAAACAUUUCAAGAUGGAAUAAAUGUCAGUAUUUACAUGAUGAGUCUUUAUUAUCAUUGUUGUAAAAAAGUUGUUCUUCUCUAAUAAUUUUUAUUUCUUUUCUAGAGACUCUAUUGGGAAGGGGGUGCGAGAAACUUUUGGAUACACAACACAGGACCAAUUGGGUGUUUAGCUCAGAUGGUGUCAAUAUUUGGGAAAGAGAAAUCAAAAGUUGAUGAGUUUGGUUGUGUCAUUGGCCAUAACGAAGCUGCUAAGCUCUUCAAUUUACAGCUUCAGGGUCUUGUCAGAAAUUUUACUCAACAAUAUCGUGAUGCUAAUUUCACGUACGUCGAUAUCUUCUCGAUCAAAUCCGACCUCAUCCAGAAUCAUUCCAAAUAUGGUUUUGAUCAGUCCAUAAUGGUAUGUUGUGGAACCGGAGGACCGCCACUGAACUACAACGAUCAGAUUAACUGCGGUUCAACAGGGACAUCAAACGGUACGACAGUAACAUCCAACUCAUGUAAUGAUAGUUCCAAAUAUGUUAACUGGGAUGGAAUUCACUAUACCGAAGUUGCAAACCGGUUUGUUUCACAGAAAAUUCUGUCCGGUACAUAUUCCCAGACGGUGUCGUCUUGA